GGCGUGGUCAGGGGCAGAGUCUGUAAGUGCGGAGUUGAGUAGUCGGAUCUGACUGGCUGUGACUAGCGGGAAGGAGCCAUGGAGAGUAACUCCAACCAGCGGAACAGGGAGGAGACCAAGGAAGGAGACCAAGCAUCUACUUCUCAUGAUGCAGUCAGUAAGAAUAGUGGCAGUAUGGACACUAAUGCAAACCCACCAGCAGAGGGCUCCAAAGCUGCAGAAAAAAAGCCACAUAAUCCACCCACCAGGCCCUCCUCUUCUAGUUCCUCUCACCAGAAGCCUUCUCACUCUCUUGUGCAGUCCUCCCAUUCCUCUGGGACCACGGACCUUCAGCCAUCUGUGUUUGGGCGCAGUGGUUCAUCCAUUUCUGCCAUGACUGUUCCCAUCCGCCUGGAUGCCUUGUCAUAUCUGCUCAACAAUGCAAUCAUUGGUUCCCACAGAAUGCUUCCCCAGAGUCCUUACUAUGGAGGGUCCUGGGUCCCAUCUGCUUGUCCUUAUCAGACGGGAUGUGCACCAUACAGCCCCUGGAUGAACCAGAGUCAAUGCUUUCCUUCUUGCUCCAAUGUGUCUGCCAGUUGCCAGCCGGGAUACUUUCCUUACCUUAACCACGAGGGCAACCAAUCAUAUCAGCCUUCAUGUUUCAUGCAGGUCCCCAGUAGUGGAAAAGCUAACCUCAAUCAUAGCUCAUUCACCAACUGCCCUGCUCAGAGCGGAAUCCCGUGGAAUCCUUAUGGAACUUCAUCAGGACAAAGCAACAGUGGCCCGCAGCAGCCUGAGGUUAAUAACGCCGCUGGCAUGUCUAGUGACAGGUUUUUCAACCUUGCAAAUUACUCGGCACAGAACUACCCCAAUACAAACAGGCCUGAGGGCAACGGCUGGAACAGGAGGUCUACUGAUAGAUCUUCAGAUGCUGCAAAUGACGCACCAGACGGGGAUAAGCAAAUGGCCCCAGCACGAAAAAGCUUUGGAAGGUUUGGAGAUAAACAGGAGGGAGAUGGCUGGCCUGGAAGGCAGCAGCGAGAUUUCGGCAGGGGUGGUGGAAGGGGUAGAGAUGACUUUGGAACGCCCCGCUGGCAGAAUAAUUCAAUGAACCAGGACAGAGCAUCAAGGUUUGGAGACAGAAGGGGCUAUUUUUCUCAGAGAAGAGACCAAGACAGUCCAGAACGAUUCCAAGGCAGAGGGUAUAAUUUGAAACGGGGCCGCUGGUCCAACAGUAUAGACACAGGGGGAGAAACCCGGGCUUCUUGGCAACAGAGAACCAACGUGUCUGACACCUCUCCAUGGUCUGACGCAACCACCAAAGAAAACCAGUCCAGUUCAUUUGGAGAAGCAAAACAAGCCAAUGAAGAUGAAGAUUGGGAGACAACUAGUCCUGAAGAAAAGUCUCUUGUCGAGUCUACUGAGUCCUCCAAACAGAAUGCUGCAAAUGCCGACACGGUUCCAGACCAUUUGGUGACAGACGACUGGGAAAUAAAAAAAGAGUCAACUGAAGAAAAUCGAUCAUCUGAAAAUGUAACAUCAACAUCUGCCAGUCUGGCCAAUGAAGAAGAACCCAGUUCGUCCAAAGAUACAGAGGAAGAGGCUGGUGGAGCAAAUAUCAGUUUCAUGCAAGGUUCCAACAAGGACGAGGGAGAUACUGAUGCCAAAUCCGAACAGAUGGAGGUUGAAAUUACUACUGGCCAAGAUCAUGUACCAUCUAAUUCUCCAUCUCCUACCGGCACUCAUCCCAAAGAAGAGAAAUCCGGCGCCCUUGAGACCCAGGAACCAAACACAGAGGCGUCAGGAACUGACAGUUACGCAUUGGUGGUUUAUGUGCCGAAGGAGAAUGACGACAUUGUGUUGGAGUUUGUAGACUCCACAGAUGGUUAACUGGAGCAUUAUGGGAUAUAUUAAACCUUAUUUUUACUAGUUGUUGAUUGAAGUUAAAUAUGCAGAAACCAUAGGUAGAGAGUAGAGAGUUAGGGGUCUUCAGCUUGGGGCAUUUAAUGGGGUUGCCAGUUAGGUAGUGCUUGUAACCACUGGCUCUCAGCUGUUGCUGACCAGUCACAGACUUAAUCCUUAAGAAUUUUAUAUUGUAUGUUUCAAAUGGGAAACACCAAAAGGCACAAUAGGAGUAAACCUCCAGCCACCCAGUGCCCAUAUGGAGGGUUGGCACCCCAAGCACCCAAGCAAUAAACACACGGGGGUUUGCCCUGCUUGCCUUUGCUCUGUUGGGCAAGUAUAGCUUUUUGAAGGCUGGCUAUAAAGAUAGAUAUAGGUUAGCCAUAGUCACCAGAACUCCCAUAAUCCUCUGCCAGCCACAUACUGGAGAUGUUAGUUUAGACAACUGUAUAACCUAUUAUAACCUAACUGCUUCUGUUGCUGGCUCCGCCUUCCAUAGGCCAUGCCACGCCUUUAUCAAAGAGGGUGGAGCUACAUACCAGUAAUAGGCACCCAGUGAUUGCAGAUUGUUUACAGCACCCAGUGUGCAAGUGUAAAAGCCAAGGGGUUACCCCAACUUUGUGUAAUACAACCUUCAGAAAUAUGUUUUAGUUUCCCUUUAAAAUCCACUUUUUAGCCCAUAGGCACAUAUGGGUAUUUUUUGUUUUUAUUUGCCUGGAAUAUUCAGUCCCCUAUAACUGUAUUCUCUAUAAGGUACGUGCCCAGGGCAGUUGUGGCGCCGUCUGACCGUACGUGAGUGAUUGGCCGAGAGCAUCUCAGGCGCAGAGAUAGGGUUUCAUAUGUUAAAAUGUAAGAAAUCUAAAGAAUAGUUAUAUUUUAUAUGAGGAUUUUACUCUGCGUAUUUGGCAGCUUCAAUAAAAAUGUUCAUUUUUUUCGCUA